UUGGCCUAGGAAACAUGGCGUCUCAGCUGUGGUAUUUCGAAUAUCUAUCCGGUCACUAAUAAACAGGGGUUGGACCAUUAACGGAGCCAUUUUUCCUGCUUUCUUGUCGUGUUGUGGUUAUGCUCAGACGUUGUGUUCAGCAGGAGAAGGCAGUCAUUUAUGAAACUUCGCUGUAAAUAUUACGGUUUACAGAGUGUCACAUCCACUCUGCACUGUAAAAACGGUACAGUACGGUUGAUAGCUAGCCUGGGGUAGAUAAAGAACCUGUCCCACACAGUGCAAUCAGCUGGCCGACCUAUGUUAGCCAGCUAGCCACUGUAGUUAAGCAGUACGAGUGGCAUUAGUUAGCUAACGUAGCUGGCUCGGACUACGUUUGCGUUUGUCAUCUGACUGACAGCAUGUCUGUCGGGUAGUGUUGUUGUCAUUUCGGAUAUUGAAUUUGUUUUGAUGUUCGACCUCUCUGGCAUUUUUCUCGGGGGAGAGAGAGAUGGGCUCCGGGGCCGUGGAUUCGUCCCAGUGGCUGUCAGUGAAGGAAGAGACUAUUUUCCUUCACGAUGGACUGAUUCGGGUCACGGAUCUGGCUGAACUUCCCAGUGAAAUCGGGGUGUCUGAGCAGGGGGACACUGAGCAGGAGAUCCUCACAUUCGAGACAAAGAAUCCUGCGGAGCUAGCCGAGCGUCUCCGUGCAGUCUGUGGUAACCAAAGCAAUGCGUAUGCCCGCCUGUUGGAAUACCGUCUGAAUGCUCUGCGGGGCCUGUGGGGGGCUCAGCGUCAGUUGGCCCUGGAGGAGCAGCAGGACCGGGAGGGGGCUGGAGGGGGCGAUGAGGAGGCCCUGGCCCUGCUAAAACGACAAGGCCUGCUGCAACAGCCUGAACAGGCUCCUUUCACCUCCCGCAUGGGGCUGCUACUGGUCUUCCCCCUCCUGCAGUCCCAGACACGCAGUGACCCGGCACUCUGUGGGGUCACGGCGGAGGUACUGCUGUCUUGCCUACGUGACUGCCAGCCCCUCAGCCUCAGCAAGGAGCCUGCCGACUGCCUCAAUGGCCUAGAAGGGCUGCUCUGCUCCUGGCUGGAGGAAGGGGUCCAGCAGACAGCACAGACCCAGCAGGGCCAGGGGCAGCAGGGCCAGGGGCAGCAGGGCCAGGGGCAGCAGGGCCAGGGGCAGCAGGGCCAGGGGCAGCAGGGCCAGGCUCCUACGUACGUGCUCCACGCACACAGGCAGAGGGAGAAUGCUGCCGCUGCUCUGGUAGCUCUCGCCUGUGCCAGAGGGUCCCUGAAGACCUUCAUCCACACAGUUCACCUGCUGCAGAAACAGACAGACCUGGGCCAGCUCCCUGUGGCUGAUGUGCUCUACAGACUCCUGGUGCUGGAGGGGGGACCAGGCUCCCCGUCCUGUCUGCUGGGGGGCAAGCACAGGGUUUCCUGGGGCUUUGAAGACAUGCUGCCUACACCUGACAGCAGCGCUGGAGGGGCAGAGAGCAAAGACACAGACCUAGGGCGCUGCCUGGCCACAGAUGGGCUCUAUCUCUACACCACUAACUCCUUUGGGAGAGGGAUCAGCAAGCUGGGCUCCGGUUUGCACGGGACACUGAGGGGGUUUGUGUACUGUCGGAAUGAGGACUUGGAGCCCGGCUGGGUGGUGUUCAGCAGCGGCCGCCUUCUUCACCGCCCUGCCUCCUUUGAUGCCAAGCCUCAUCAGCUGUGCCAGGUCAUCGACCCCUUCACCCUGCAGGUGUGCCAGGUCGUUCCCAUGCCAGCCCACCACUUCCCCGUGGGCAGCAGCAUGACCACGCUGCACCUGUGCUCAGAUGGAACCUACCUGUACUGGGUGUGGUCUCCUGCCAGCCUCAACGAGAAGACCCAGAAAGGCCACUCGGUCUUCAUGGAUGUCUUUCAGCUGUCGACAGAGACAGGAUUGUGUGUGGCAAACGUCCUUCAGGAGAGGGUGAUCCUGAUACGGAAGGAGGGCGAGUCGUCCAAGUGUCUGAACGAGCUGCUGCUGAGCCGCAUGUCACGCUUUCGCGCCUCCCACUCCGCAACGCUGGCCGCUCUCACCGGCUCUGCCAUCACCAACACUGUCAAGGAAGAGCAGUCCGCAGUAAACACUAGCUGUGGCCUCCCUCUAAAGACUCUGAGGAAGACUCCCAUGUAUGUGUGUGGGACGUCCCUGGUGAUGCUGGCAUCUCCGCCCGGUGUGUCUGGCAGCUCUGCCACACGCUCCCUGUUUGGAGGGACCAGCGGCUUGUCCUCCCUGAAGAUCCUCUCCUCCAGUCUGGCAUUCAACCUAGUUGAUGGUCAGUUCAGUAGCCGGGCAGAUCUCAUUGACGCACCUGGCAGUUCUCUAGGCAGGGGGGCCCAGGUGGCAGGGCUGGGAGCCUGCUAUGACGCCCUCAACAACUUAAUCUGGAGCUGCUCCAGUGACUACAUGGACCAGUGGUCUAACCCUGGCAACCAGGCCUUCCACCACGUGUGCCAUAGGCUUGGUGUCAGUCAUGUCAUCAAGGAACCCAAAGAGGAGACCGUGGCCACCGGAGAGGUGAUCAACCAGCUGCUUCACCAUGUGGGCGCCAUGUGCAUCCACCAGCUCAACCUUCUCGCAGCCAGCAGCAGCAGCUUUCCCCUGGGCGCCCUCAUGGGCAAGCAGCACCCCAUCGAGGCUUGCCACUUCAGCAGCAUCUGCGACAUCAUGGAGAAAGCCAUGGUCAACAGGGACACCUGCAUCAUCCGCUGCAUCCUGGUGGUAUUCCAGGUGGUGUUCAGGUUCUUCAACCCUCAGUCGGAGCAGAACAGGGAGAGUGUGCGGCGUUCAGGGCUGCUCCUGUGGCAGCUGCUCAUGGCUCCUGUGGAUCAGAUUGGAGCAGAGAUCCAGGGAGAAGUGUGCCUGGCUAUCAGCUCGGGUUUGAAUACUUUGUAUCAGGGGGAGUCUGAACUCAGCAGCCUGCUGAAGCUGGUCCUGACAGAAGGGGAGAGGAACAGUGGUCUGUCUCAGCUCCGCGAUGUCAUCCUCACCAACCUGGCUGACCAGCUGCAGAAAAAUCGAUUUGGGAGCGACGAAGAUGACCACUACAGACUAAGUGAUGAACUCCUGCACUGCAUCCUGAAGACCGUUGUCCGUGAAUCCUGCCUUCUUAUCACUAAAUGUCAGACUGUCGCAAGGGAUGACUUCCAGAAGCUACUCUCCACUGUGCCAGUGGCCUCAUCAAGCCUGCGCUACCUCAUGGCCGUUCAGAACCACCUGCUUAGCAACACCGUUCUGAUACGCCCCGACGACAACGACGACAGUGACAGCUCCCUACAAGGGGAAACAAUGAAGGUACAGGAGUUGCAGACUAGCAUCCUGUCGCUGGCCACCAAGAUCCUGAUGGGAUGUGACGAGGUGCUGGAGACCCUGCAGCAGGUGACCGCCGCUCUCAUCAACAGUGACAUUACUGACCGAGAGACCAGGCUGAAGGGCCUGGAGCAGAUGACCAAGGCUACCAUGCUGGGCCACCUGCUGCCAGUGCUGCUCACCUCUCUGAUGCACCCCAACCUGCAGACACUCAAUCUGGCUGACGCUCUCCUGCCCCAGCUAGUGCAGCUAGUCCUCUACACCAGCCAGACUGCUCUGCUGUUGAAGACCCAGUCUCCUCUCUUCACUGACAGCAUUCCACUGGUAGGAGGGCCGCUGGGCCAAAAGACGCCUGCUGCUGAUGACCGCUUUAGAAUUCUAGAUGAGCGGGAGGAGCCAGGCUUCCUGACAGGCCUGAAGAUCCCUGCCCCAUGGGCUGCUGGGAAGACGGUGGAGACGGUCCACCCAGUGCGAGACAACUAUAAGUUCAAAGAGACGGUACACAUCCCAGGAGCACGCUGCCUCUACCUGCGCUUCGACUCCCGCUGCUCCUCGCAGUACGACUACGACAAGUUGGUAAUGUAUGCUGGGCCCAACACUAACAGUCGCAAGGUGACCGAGUAUGGAGGCAACACUCUGGGCUAUGGCAGUCGCAGUGUCCUAGGGACAGGCUGGCCCAAAGACCUGGUCAAGGUGGAGGGGGACACAGUGACGUUCUCCUUUGAGAUGAGGAGUGGGCGCGAGCACAACACCCCAGACAAAGCCAUGUGGGGGUUCUCCUGCACUGUCCGUGCGCAGGAAUCAUCAGAGGAUGUCUCUGGGGGUCUCCCCUUCCUGGCAGACCUGGCGUUGGGUCUGUCUGUACUGGCCUGCUCCAUGCUCCGCAUCCUCUACAACGGACCUGAAGUAACCCGAGAGGAGGACGCCUGCCAUGACCUGCUCUGCUCCAAGCUGCUCCAAAGGUGCCAAUGGCAGGUGGAAGCUAAUGGUGCCAUCUCUCCAGCCCUAACCCCCAGUCCCUCUCCGCUACCCCUCACCAUCGAGGAGGACCGGGAGUUCACCUACCCCUCUGACGUGCUCAUCCCUCCCCCGGGCCUCAUGCCUGGGGCCUACUUUGACCUGCCCCGCAUCCGCCUGCCUCCAGGCAUCAUGAGCCGGCUACGAGAGGUGUCCGGCAGGGCGCGGCCACAGUUCCGUCCCAGCAUCAAGGAGGUGAUCAGGCCAGACGUUAUGGAGGAGGUCAUAGUGUCGUCUGUGAUAAAGCACCUGACGCUGGUGGAUGCUCUCCAGUCGCUCGUCAACUUCCAGUACCGCGAGGAGCACGCUGAGGAGUACGACCUGCUCUGUAAGAUCAUGGCCGAGACUUUCAAGAAGAUCAACGCCAUGGAGCGCCAGCUGCAGAGUGUAGCAGAGCUGGAGCAGAAGUGGCAGAACGAGGUGGAGGAAGCUCAGCAGGGAAAGCUGGAGAACAAUGCUCCUUUCUUCCACGACUAUCACUUCUUUGAGAACAAAAUGAAGGAACUAGAGUUGCUGUGUUCACUAAAGGAGGUCCCACUGGACUGGAGUGAUUUGGAAAAUGUUGUCCUCACACUGAGGGAGAAGUUCUUCCAGGAGGUGAACUCCGUCCACCUGAAGAGUGAUGUGCCGCUGGCCAAAACCAAAGCCCUGAUGAAGAGCCUGAUGAACCGCACAGAGCUGUUGCUCCAUGUCACCAUUGCUCCUCACUGCAGAAGCCUAACCACCACACCUGCUGGCACGCCAGCCUGUAAGUCUGUGUCAGACACUAAGGCGGUGGUCCCCGGGGUGAAGCAGCCAGUCUUUCUGCGCAGCAUGUCUGCACCCUCUGACCUGGAGAUGAUCGCCAACCAGGACCUGGAGUUCCCACACAGCAGCCAAAGGAGGCGACACCACCCCACCAGUCACCGUAGCAGCUCCUUCACACUGCUGCAGUCUCUAGCCAUGGAGGACAGCCGGGACAAGCCAACGUACAGUGUGCUGCUGGGACAGCUCUUUGCUUUCAUAGGGACCUUGCCCGACCAGUCUGUGUCCAGCAGCAGUUUCCUGUCUGCGGCUCAGACACGGUGGAGGCGGGGCAGCACGAGGAAGCAGGCCCUCGUUCACAUGAGGGAACUGCUCACUGCCGCAGUCAGGGUAGGUGGGGUCACUCACCUGGUGGGACCUGUUACCAUGGUGCUGCAGGGAGGGCCCAGGAUCGAGGAGCUGACCUGUGGGGGAAUGGUGGAGCAGGUGCAGGAGGCCUUUGGGGAGACUAUGACGUCUGUAGUGUCCCUAUGUGCCCGCUUCCCCAUCGCUUGUUCUAACAGUAUUGGCAUGCUCUGCACCAUCCCCUAUACUAGGAGUGAGGAGCAGUGCCUGGUGCGCAGUGGUCUGGUCCAGCUGAUGGACCGCCUGUGCAGUCUGAGUGGCCAGAGGGACUGCAGCUCCAAUGAGAAGCAGACCAAGAAGCAGAAGGUGGCCACCAUGGCCUGGGCUGCGUUCCAGGUGCUGGCCAACCGCUGCAUCGAGUGGGAGAAGGUGGAAGGUGGUUCAACAGAUGCGGUGCACUCAGGUCUGGCCCGGCAGGUGUCCAGCCUGCUGACCAACCACCUGGUCAGAGCCACAGAGUGCUGUGGGAACCAGGCAGCAGGGAACGAUGCUCUGCAGGACGUCCUCAGCCUGCUCAACGACCUGUCCAGGAGCCACAUAGGGAAAGCUAUCCUGAGCCAGCCAGCCUGUGUGUCCAAGCUCCUGUCCCUGCUGCUGGACCAGCGGCCGUCUCCCAAGCUGGUGCUGAUCAUCCUGCAGCUGUGCCGCGCUGCCCUGCCCCUGAUGAGUGUAGAGGACUGUGGCAACGUGGCGCUACCCUCCUGGAGCUACUCCAUCAACACCCUGGAUGCUGAGCAGCAGGACGCCACCGACCCCGCCUCACGCAUCGCCGCCCUGCUCCUGGCCAAGCUGGCUGACUACGUAGUACCAGGCUGCCAGACCCUGCUGUCCCCCAGCUCCUCAGAGCCAGACACCAGCCUGAGCCGCUCCAGCCCCAAGGGAACCCUGAAGUCAGAUAAGGACGCUGGGGAGGAGGGCGAGGCUGUGGAUGGCAAACUGUCCAUCUUUAUCCACAAGCGGGAGGACCAGUCCUCUCAUGAGGUGCUACAGCCACUGCUCAGCAGCUCAGAAGGCCGGCCGUUCCGCCUUGGAACUGGAGCCAACAUGGAGAAGGUGGUGAAGAUGGAUAGAGACAUGACCAAGAGUGGUAGCUGUGAGGUGAUCACAGAGGAGGCUGCUGCCGCCCUGAGGAAGGCCAAUAAGUGGGCCCAGUCUGGGCUGAUAGUGAGCGUAGGCCCGCCUGUGGAGGCUCUGGUCCCGGAGGCUGCUGGAGGAGUCACCACGGGGGACAAGAAGAAGAGCGCUCAGACCGCUGUGUGUCGGGACAGGAACUCUGAACUGGCCAGGUCCGACCCGAUCAGGCCCUUCAUCAGUGGACAUGUGGCCAACAGUAUGGCUGCUGAGGUCAUCGCCCUGCUGCACAGCCUGCUCACAGCUCCCGAGUCCAACACCGCCCAGAUCUGGACCAGCACUGCAGAGAAGGUGCUGUCCAGAGCGCUGAUGUUCAUCCCACAGCUGGGGAAGUAUGCUGAGAGCAUCCUGGAGAACGGUAGCAGCAGCGGCAGGAAGCUGGCUAAACUCCAGGCCAUCGGCAGGCAGGCUGUGGCAGCACUCUGCGCCCUCGGAGGCUUCAAGGAGACCAUCAAGAUUGGCUCAGAGGUCCAGGUGGUGGGUAAAGGAGUGCUGGGCAGCGUGGGUGUGGUCAUGUCCAUCAACGAGCAGGAGGGCAUUGCCACUGUGAAGUUCCCUUCCUGUGAGUACAGGAAGGCCUGCAAGGCCUCAGACAUCCUGACGGUGCCCAUCUCCCGCCUCUGCACUCCCCGCUCUGAGGCGAUGCCCCUCUACAAGCUGUCCAUCACAGAGAAGGUGGUGCAGGCGGUACAGUCCAUGCUUCUGCCACAGGAGGGCAGUCUGUCCAUCCACUCCUCCCUCCCCGCCUCAGGAGAUGGCUCCAGUCCUGUUAUGGCCGCUGUCCGCCUGUUGGCUGAAAUCAGGACCAGGGCAUGUCUGGUGAUGGCCCAGCUCCUGGAGGACAGCUCAUUCUGUGAGGAGUUCAUUCAGCAGUGUCCUGCUGCUGUGGAGGUGCUCAACCUAGUGGCCCAGGAGUGCAGUCCCGGGGAGCGUCUCGGCAUGGUUGAAGCACAGUGUGAGCGAGUGAGGAUGCUGUACCGAGACUGCGCUCGCCCGCCACCCCCUCCCCUCCAGACAGACCGGCGCCAGCCCAAGGAGAUGACGUGGUGUCCAUCUAGGGUGUUCCCUCCAGUGCGUGCCUGCGUAUUCUCAUCCCGUCUCACCUCUGUCACCUUCCUGGCCGACCCCAGUGCUGGAGGAGGCCUGCCCAGGGGAACGUUCAUCUAUGCCACCUCACCUGUUCCUGUUCAGGCGCCUUCCUUUUACUGGGAGAUAGAGAUAGCCUCCUAUGGAGACUCAGAAGAUGACAGUGGUCCUAUUGCGUCUUUUGGCUUUGCCACAGAAGCAGAGAAGAGAGACGGAGCGUGGACCAACCCUGUUGGCACCUGCCUCUUUCACAAUAAUGGUAGGGCUGUGCACUAUAAUGGCUCCAGUCUGCUGCAGUGGAAGAGUGUGAGGCUGGACGUGGCCCUACUUCCUGGUGAUGUUGCAGGAAUUGGCUGGGAGCGCUCAGAGGGCACCCCUCCACCCCCUGGCCAGGCCCCUAAAGGGCGGGUCUACUUCACCUACUGUGGCCAGCGCCUCAGCCCCUUCCUGGAGGACGUAGCAGGGGGCAUGUGGCCUCUGGUGCACAUUCAGAAGAAGAACACAAAGAUUCGUGCCAACUUCGGUUGCCGGGCGUUUGCGUACGCAGAGGGCCAAGCACACCGCAACGCUGCUGACCUCUGUGUUGACUUGGCAGAAGAAAUCAGCGCUAACUUUGAGGCCCUCCCCUUCGCCAUGGCAUCUGACAGCGACAAUGAUGCGGGUGCCAGUGUGGCAUCUGACUCUGGCUCCCACGGACCCCCCUGUCGGAUCGCCGCAGUAGCAGUUGCCCAGCAACUUGGUAGCGUUUGUAAGAACUGGCUUUGUUGUUUGUCCUCCCCUGUCGGGACAGAGUACAACAGUGACUCAUCAUGCCACUACAAGGUGGAGCUGAGUUACGAGAACCUGGUCACCUCAGGGCCUGACGCACACCCCCCGCCUAUUGCUGAUGACGAGAGUGAUGACGAAGAUGAUGACGAUGUCCCAAGGGAGGACCACUAUGCCCUGCUGGUGAAGGCCUGGGAGACAAAGGUGUUCCCCACCAUCCGCCGACGCUUUCGCAACGAGGCAGAGAGGAAGUCUGGUCUGGACCAGAUCAAGGGAGCACUGCAGCUGGGCAUGGUUGACAUAGCCCGGCAGACAGUGGAGUUCCUGUAUGAAGAGAACGGGGGCAUCCCCCGGGACCUCUACCUCCCCACCAUCGAAGACAUCAAGGAGGAGGCCAACAAGUUCACCAUCGACAAAGUCCGCAAAGGUUUGACCGUGGUCAUCCGCUCUCCAGACAGCAACAACACCAACAGCACCACAGGCGGAACAGCCCUGCCCAAGUUUGCCAUCCGAGGAAUGUUGAAAACCUUCGGCCUGCACGGAGUGGUUCUGGACGUGGACUCUGUGAAUGAGCUGGUGCAGGUAGAGACGUACCUGCGCAGUGAGGGGGUGCUGGUGAGGUACUGGUAUCCCAUUGAGAUGCUGGAGCGCCCCCCUGCUGGAUCGCGCCGUACUGCUGCCAAUGGCCUUGUCAAUCUAGACAGCAGUAACAUCCAGAUCCACAGGGAGCUUCUGCGCUGUGAGAGUGCCCUGGCUAGGCUCUACUGUCGCAUGGCUCUACUUAACAUCUUUGCCCCGAAAAGCCCCCACACCUUCACCCGCCUCUUCCAUAUCCCAGCCGUUCGAGACAUCACCCUGGAACACCUGCAGCUGCUGUCCAAUCAACUUCUGGCUCCGCCUCUGCCUGAUGGCACCAUCAGCUCCAGCUCCAUCCUGCUGGCCCAGUCUCUACUCCACAACCUGCAGGGCCAGAGCUGCUCUCCCACAGAUCUGUUCUACCAGGGCAACGCACAGCCCAUCAGGGAGUGGCUCACCGUGGCCAUCACCCGUGCCCUGCACCAGGGGGAGGAGAGCCUGCUGGAGCUCACCAAGCAGAUCUGCUGCUUCCUACAGAAUGCACCAGAGCAGUUCAUCUCAGAGGACUUCCCGGUAUCAGAAUCAAAGGUCAGCAUGGAUGUCAACUUCCCGGGUGCUGCCUUCGUGAUCAUCUCCUGCAAAGAGAGCCAACUAGGCUGCCGUAAAGACUCCUCCCUGUACAAAGCCCCAUGGGCGCGGGUCAUGGUUUAUGGCCUGGGUCACAAGGUGCGCAGGAACGGCCAGCUCAACCUAAUGGAGGCUGUGUGCUACCCUCUGGAUGCCUCACCCUCCAACACAGGCCUCACCCCCCCUCCCACCACCAACCAAUACCCCACUGUCAUCAUCCCCACUGACAAAGUGCACAUCAAACUGGGGGUGUCGCCCCCUCCUGGUGCGGUGCUGGUGCUGCACUCCCUGCCGCUGGAGUUCCCCCUGGCUAUGGCAUUUGCUGAGCAGCUGCUGACGUGGAAGCUAGGGGAGAGCAGUGAGUGCUCUGAGGAGGAGUUGGACACUGUGCCCUCCUCUGUGCUGCUGCAGGUAGUGGAGCUGCUGGGUGGACUGUUAUGGACCACAGAUCUGGCACCCUGCAUCAAGGAACUCUCCUUCCACCUGCUGGCUGAGCUCUUCCGUAAGAUUCACCACCUGGAGCAGCGUAAGAGCCCUGCAGGCCUGUCCAGCUCCAUCGCCUUGCUGCUCAACCCCUGCCUGGCUGUGCUCAUGGCCCUGCAGACGGAGCUCCGCAAGCUGUAUGACCGGGAGACCCAGGGCUGGGUGGCUGCAGGGGCCGGAGCAGGGUGUUCCUCUGGCGGUGGUGGCCUGGCCCUGGGGGCCGAGCAGAGCAGGUUCUCCACCUACUUCCACGCCCUGAUGGAGGUGUGCCUGGCUGUAGCUGAGGUCACCCUCCCCCUCAACAUGGGGUGCUCAGGAGUGGGAGCUCUGUCCUCCACCAGUGCCCCUAACCUCAGCGACUCCUCCUCAUCCUCCUCCUCCUCCCCAGGCCAGACCCCCCAGAGCCCCAGCCUGCUCUCCAAGCGUAAGAAGGUGAAGAUGAAGCGAGAGCGUGCAGCAGCAGUGGCGGCGGCCUCAGGGAAGAGGGGUUCUGCUGGAGGGGCUCGCCUGUCAGAGAGCGACAGUGCCCUGCUCAACAUGGCCGGUAGUAAACCUGAGGACAUGCUGUGGUUCCACCGUGGCCUCACCCUGCUCAUGAUCAUGCGUCACCUGGCCAACAAGGACCCCCAGGGGCUGAGUGUGACAAAUGAUGCUGUGACUGACGCCUACCAGGCCCUGGUGGGACCUACCUCUCACAGCCGUCUGCUGGUGCUCUCUGGCAUCCCCACCCACCUGGAGGAGGCUGUGGUGCGCAGCGCCAUCCGCAGGGCCUGCAACGCCCACGGGGGGCUCUUCAAGGAUGAGAUCUUCAUCCCCCUGCAGGAGGACCACCCCAAAAAGUCCAAGGCAGGAGCUGGGGUGUCCACCUCUCUGGAUGGCAAAGCAGCCCCCGAGCCUGAGCGUCCAUUCCCGAGCAACGAGAGCCCAGACAGCUCCAGCAGCGUGACUCCAGCCAUGAGUGUCUCAGCCUCGGCCUCCACGAGCCAGACCUCAAUCUGCAGCUCCUCGCAGGGGGGCGUGUCCCGCACCGCCAGUGAACUCUCUGUGGACCAGGAGCUGCUGGCUGCCCCACCUCUCACCCCAGCGGCUGCAGCCUCGGCCGUCCCCUCCCCACAGCAGGGCCCACUUGAUCCCCACACGGUGUCCAGCCAGGAGAGCCUCGAUAUCUCCCUGUGCAGCACGGGGAGCCUGGGCAGUCUGGGCAGCCUGGGGGAGCCUUUGGACAGCGCAGAAACAGCCUCUGUUUCAGACGGGGGCUCCAUGUACACAGUCACCUCUCUGGACAGCAACGCCAUUUUGGCCCGGCCCAUUAAAGGCUAUGCCGUCAUAGAGGUUCGCGCCCGGGCCAAAGUGGAGAAGAUCCGUGCUAGCCUCUUCAACAGCAGUGAUUUGAUUGGCUUAUCCAGCCUGGAGGGUGAGGAGGAGCUGAUGGAGCUGACUAAUGAGGAGAUCCUCACAGCCUCCAGUGUCAACCAAAGCCUGUUUGACACACAGGGUAGCUCCGCCCUCGAGGACUACUUCCUGGACAAGUCUCUCAGAGGGGACAAGUUGGUGCCAAAUGCGCGAGACGUGCUGACGGACAUCUAUAAGAGUUGUGUCCACUCAGAGCAGAUGCUGAGCCUCACGCCAGCCAAGCCUGUCAAAGUGUCAGACAUCUACCUGAGCAAAGAGCAGAUCAACUCCCAGACCCCUGGAAACCUCCUCCAUGUCUUCUUCACUCACAUACGGCCACCUAAGAAGGUGCUGGAGGACCAACUGACGCAGAUUCUGCGUAAAUAUGGCACCACCAAGCCCAACAAGAACAAAUACAGCAAGGUGGGUAAGGAACAGCACGCAGUCAAGGUGGUGAGCACCAAGAGACCCAUCACCAAACCACCCAGCAAGGAGAAGUCUGUGCUCAACAGCGUCAGGACUGCACUGAGUGAGAAGAGUGUACUGAAGCCCAAGUCCCCUGAAAAAUCCAGGCCUGAUGAGAAAGACAUAGAGAAAUCUCCUGCCAAGAAGCCUGAAGUCCCAGAGGAGAAGUACCUGACUCUGGAGGGAUUCCAUAAGUUUGCUGUGGACCGGGCCAAGCAGGACAUCCGUAGCGUGUGGAGGGCCAUUCUGGCCUGCGGUUACGACCUCCACUUUGAAAGGUGUACCUGUAUAGACAUGCGUCACGCCCAGAAGGCUUGUAGGAGGUGGAGUCUAGAGAUGGAUGUAGCGUUGGUUCAGUACAUCAACAGGCUGUGUGGUCACCUGGCCAUCACACCUGCCAGGCUGCACCCCCACGAGGCCUAUCUGGACCCCAGUGACAUCGCUGAUCCACGCGUGGCCUGUCUCCUCAAUGUGCCUGUGGAGAACUUGCGUCUACGCUUUGCUCUACUGCAGUCUCUCAACAACACCCUGGAGAGUUUCUUCCUGCCGCUUGUGGAGCUGAGGCAAACACACACCUACCAGAACAGCAUCGCAGCACUGCUCUGUGGGGCCAAAGGAUUGGUGUUCUAUGAUACCAAAGUGAUAGUGAUGAACCAGGUGCUGAACGCCACAGUACAGCGGACUGCAGACCACGCUGCCCCCGAGAUCACACUGGACCCCCUGGAGAUUGUAGGAGGAGAGAUCCCUUCGUCAGAGAACACCUACUUCUGCCAGGCGGCACGCCAGCUGGCCUGUGUGCCCUCGUCCCAGCUGUGUGUGAAGCUGGCCAGCGGAGGAGACCCCACCUAUGCCUUCAACAUCCGCUUCACUGGAGAGGAGGUCCACGGCACCAGCGGCUCCUUCCGUCAUUUCCUGUGGCAGGUGUGUAAGGAACUCCAGAGCUCUGCCCUCUCCCUGCUGCUCCCCUGCCCCAGUGUAGCAGCCAACCGCAACAAGGGGAAGUAUAUUCUGACGCCCUGUCCGAUCAGCUAUGCGGAGGAGCAGCUGCUGCACUUCUUUGGCCAGCUGUUGGGCAUCGCCAUCCGGGCAGACGUGCCCCUGCCCCUGGACCUGCUGGGCUCCUUCUGGAAGGGCCUGGUGGGUGAGCCCCUGGACCCAGAGCAGGACCUGCAGGAGGCCGAUCUGCUCACAUACAACUACGUCAAGAAGAUUGAGAGUGUGAGUGAGGAGGACGAUCUGGAGGCCCUGUGUGCAGAGAUCUCGUCCCAGCACCACUCAGGAGAAAGCCCCGACUCCCCCAGCCGGCCCUGCUGCACCUUCACCUACAUCACCAUGACCGGAGAGGAGGUGGAGCUGUGCCAAGGGGGACACAACCUCAGUGUCAGCUGGGAGAAUAAGGAUGUGUAUGCGCGGGCAUUGCGGGGCCUGCGUCUGCAGGAGCUUCAGAAUGUGGAGUGUAUGACAGCGGUGCGAGCGGGCCUGGGCUCCAUCAUCCCCCUGCAGCUCCUCACCAUGCUCAGCCCCCUGGAGGUGGAGCUACGAACCUGUGGCCUGCCCUACAUCAACCUGGAGUUCCUCAAGACCCACACCAUGUACCAGGUGGGUCUGAUGGAGACAGACCAGCACAUUGAGUUCUUCUGGACAGCCCUGGAGAUGUUCACCCAGGAGGAGCUCUGCAAGUUCAUCAAGUUUGCCUGCAACCAGGAGCGCAUCCCCUUUACCUGCCCCUGCAAGGACGGGGGCCCGGACACCGCCCACGUACCCCCCUACCCCAUGAAGAUCGCCCCUUCGGACGGGGCAGCAGGUUCGCCAGACUCUCGCUACAUCCGGGUGGAGACCUGUAUGUUUAUGGUGAAGCUGCCCCAGUACAGCUCCCUGGAUGUGAUGCUGGAGAAGCUGCGCUAUGCCGUCCACUACCGUGAAGACCCUCUCAGCGGCUAAAGGGACCUGAUGGAUGGAGUACACCACCUCCAUAUGAUGCCGCUUCAACACCAACCCUACUAUUUCUUACCCAUACAGCCCCACCCUUUCACCACCCCAUCCCCCGCCCACCUUUUACCUCCGCCCUCCUGGACCUUCAGCUGGGACUACCCACAGAACAGAAGGCCAACCUGUUUUACCAAGAAGAUACUGAAGCGUUUCCUUUCUCUGCUUGUUUUAUGUUUGGCUUUGUACCAGCGCUUCAUUUCAAUAACAUUGUAAUCAGGUUGAGCCUUUCAGGAGUGUGUUUUGACUCAUGUUUUCAGACCUGAUGUAGGGGAGUUCAGCCCCACUUGCCUUGACACUGAUGUUGGUGUCUCUUCUGGUUGCACUGAGCUUUGGAGUGACAUUGAGGUAACUCUUUGAUCACUACACCAAGUGGGAGGGAGCUGUGACAGGGCACAUACCAUUUUUGUUUAUUGGGGAAGUUAAUCUCUUCCACCUUUUCUUUAUUCUUCCUCUCUUCCCUCUCUUUCAGAGGUCCUUACAGUUCUCCUCCCACUCACUACCAGAGGGGACUAUCUUUUUAAGGCAUGCCUUUACCACAAGCAGCACCUCCUCAAAAAGGGUAGAGGAAGGCUGUGUGUGAAAAGGGAACCCCAAAUAUUCCUCUGGAAGCAAGAGUUGAGUGUUGUUUGAGAUGGAGUUCAUUUUAGAUAUUAAGUGGACUACUAUGAUGCUGCCUAUUUAUUACCAGUUCAGCUCUCUGCAUUCAAAACCUUGACAAGCGCUGUAUAGGACAUUAUAUAGUUACUGCCUGUAAAGUUGGACUGCUAAAGGACAAAACUAGCUAUCUGCCUAUAUUAUACGGUGAAUAUAUUUUAUUCAAGUCUAUUAAGAGGGUAUAUAAGUCAUGUAAAAAGUCAUUUUAAUCUAUUAAGUUGCAGUUUUGAGUUUAAACUAUCCUAGUAGCUGUGGCAGAAGGGUAAGGUCACGUACACUGAAGCUGGACUACCAGACUAAAGCUCUACCUGGUUGCCAGAUCUCCUCCUUUGUGAAAUGAGAGAGAGAUGUUCUCCUGAGCUGCUUGUGUGCUACUGCUACUGAAUGUGGGCCGAAUCCCCCUGCCCAACACACAAUACACACACCAGGGUGUCGAAUUCACUUUCAUUUUGCCUUUUUAUAGAUUUCCUGUGACGAAUGAGCAGGAUUUCUGUUGUUUUUUUUUUGUUUUAUUUUACCCAUAACCAAAAUGUUUAGCUGUGUAAAGAAAAAAUGUAAAUAUACUUCUAUGUUAUAUUUGAUGGCAGUUUUUUUGAAUUGCUGCAUCACUUCACCAAUGAUUAUUAUUAUUUUUUUUUUUCAGCACUAUUCUUCCAGGGAAAAAAUAUUAUUUCAAAAUGAGCUAACUAGGAUAUUCUUUAUUGGAUAUCCAGUUUGUUGGGUUUUUAUUUUUUACAAAUUUUGAAAUUACCAGUAAUAUAUCACCUUAAUGUCUUGCAGGGCCGGAUUACCGAACGGGCACGCAGCCCCCCCCAAAAAAUGAAAUAGCAUAUGAUAGCAAAAUGUGUAGAAUUGCAGUAAAUUUGCCUUAAAAUUGGAAAAUCUUAUCUUAGACCCUUGGCAAAAAGUGCAGAAUUGCAGGAAAUUCGCUUUAACACUGCAAAAAAAACUCUUUGCCUCAUGACAAAAUGUGUAGAAUAUCAUUAUAAAACUGCACAUUUUUCUCUGCACCAUGGCUUAAUGUGUUGAAAUGCAUUAUGUUUUUGGGGACGUCGGUUCCCCGGGGCCCCAAAUGCAGUAGUCCGGCCCUGAUGUCUUGUAACUCAGAUGGAUUCUAUCACUCAUUCUCUUCUACUCCAUGGUGAAACAUGUUUUCUUGUGUGAGUAAAACAGCCAUUUGACUUGGAUGGGACCUGAAGAAUACAACGACAGCUACCGCAAAAUAUUUGAGAUGGAUGUUUGGAUUGCUUGCCAAUUUAGUUUUGGUUUUGUUCUUUUAAAGGGUAAAUCGCUGCUAACAAGGACGCUCUUUCUAUUCCUACCUCUUUUGGAGGCGUAGAACAGACCAUUACAAAGGACAUUCAUACAAAGAGGUGUUGAGAUAAGAAAAUGUGUUCUGUACAUUUACUUGAUAUUUAUUACAAUUAUUUAUGGUUGCAUUAAAUUAACUUUUACUGUCUUACCUCAACACAUCAAACAUAACACAGAUCUUUAAAAUGGACUAUACAGAGGUAAAGGAUAAGAUGGAGUUUGAGAUUUCUGUGUCACAAUAAAACAUGUCUUGAUGUAA